AUGGCCAAUUUCGUCAAGGAUUCAUUUUGGGGAACGUUUGUCAACCGUAUAUCGGGUCGCAGAUUGUUCCAACACAAGGAAGACCGUUCUGACUACGUGAUUCCAGAAAAAUAUCUUCCUGGUUACAAGGAGGAAGCAAAGGCUGAAGGUGAAGUUGACGCGGACGACAACGCGUCGUCUUCUACCGUUACCAAGACUGGUGACGACAAGGUAAUUGUUACAUGGGACAGCGAUGAUGACCCAGAAAACCCAUACAACUGGCCAUUGUACCAGAAGAUCCUUCUUUUGGCCGAAGUAGCAUUCUUGACUGUGUCCGUGUAUAUGGGUGCAGCCAUCUACACUCCUGGUGUCGAAGACAUUAUGAUAAAAUUCAACAUUAACAGAACAUUGGCCACCUUGCCUUUGACUAUGUUCGUGGUUGGUUACGGUCUUGGUCCAAUGUUCUUGUCGCCUAUGACUGAAAACGCUGCCAUUGGUAGAACUCCAGUAUACAUUGUAACUUUGUUCAUCUUUUUCGUGUUGCAAAUCCCAACUGCCUUAUCUGAAAGCAUUGCAGGUUUGGCUGUUUUGAGAUUGAUCUCUGGUUUCUUUGCCUCUCCUGCUUUGGCUACUGGAGGUGCUACCAUUGGUGACGUUAUCUCGAUGCCUUACAUGCCAGUCGGUAUCGCUGCCUGGGCUAUUGGAGGUGUCUGUGGUCCAUCCUUGGGUCCAUUGAUCGGUUCCGUUUUGGUCGUCAAGGGUUCUUGGAGAUGGCCCUUCUGGUUCAUGGCAAUUAUCUCAGGUACUUGUUUCCUCGUUUUGAGUUGGACUUUGCCAGAAACCUACGGUAAGGCUUUGCUCUACAAGAAGGCUAAGAGAUUGAGAAGAGUCACCGGUAACCAAAACAUCACCAGUGAAGGUCACAUUGAAAACUCGAAGUUGACAGCUAAAGAAUUGGCUGUAGACUUAUUGUGGAGACCUUUCGAAAUUACCAUCAUCGAACCAGUUGUCUUGUUGAUUAAUGUCUACAUUGCUUUAGUCUACACUGUCAUGUACCUUUGGUUUGAGGCCUUCCCAAUUGUGUUUGUUGAAACCAAGCACUUCACUCUUAUCGAAAUGGGUGUUUCUUACGUCAGUGUCAUGGUUGGUAUUUUCAUUGGUGCUGCUAUCUACAUUCCUAUUAUUUACAGAGCUUUUACUAAGAAGGUUCUUGCUGGUGAAAUGGUCACUCCUGAAGUUUUCUUGCCAAGUGCCAUUUUCGGAAGUAUCAUGAUGCCAAUCGGUAUCUUUGUUUUCGGUUGGUCUGCCUCCCCAGAUUUACACUGGAUUGGCCCUAUCAUUGGUGCUGCCCUUUUUGCUACAGGUGCCUUCAUCAUUUUCCAGACUUUGUUCAACUACUUGGGAGCAUCUUUCUACAGAUACUUAGCCUCUGUCUUCGCCAGUAAUGCCUUAUUCAGAUCUGUCAUUGCCGGUUGUUUCCCAUUGUUUGGUGACGCCUUGUUCAAGAACGUUGGAUCUGAAAAGUACCCUGUUGGAUGGGGUUCUUCAAUUUUGGGAUUCAUUGCCUUGGCUAUGAUUGCCAUUCCUGUCUUCUUCGCAUUGAACGGUCCUAAGUUGCGUGCUAGAUCUAGAUACGCCAAUUAA